AUGGCUGUCAUUCCGACAAACGCCCUGCGCCCUCGUGGUGACAAUUCGGGCCGGACCUUCUCCAUCAUCUUUGCCGUCGUCGCCUUUAUCGUUGUUUUUGGAUGCGUGGUCUGGGGCAUCGUCCUCCCAAAAUAUCGAAAGAGACGCGACACUCAUCCUUUAGGUGCUCGAUACAUGGUCACUCCAAGUUACCCACCAUUCAGUCCUCCUCCUCGAUUCCCGAGCCAUCCUGCUCUGCUGCGUAACUUUCGAAAGCAGCCUCCAAACCCGGUCCAACAUUAUGAUCCGAGAACUGAGAGCCCUUUCCCAAACAGCCUUGCGCAGCUGAAUGCAAUCUAUCGCCCUCUUCAAGUUGGCUCAAGCAACACUGCCGGCCUCAGUUAUGGGCCUUUUACCCCCGCUCAAUGCUGGCUUUCAACAAGGCUUCAGCCACAACACAUGCCACAAGGCAACUUGCAAAGAGCAAGAAAAGGUGCAGGAACUGACCCGCGAAACUUUACCACAUUCAAAGGAAAGCAUGAUUACAUACUCCCGGUCCCGGAGCCGGUUGUCUUGAAGCCAAGGCCUGCAGGGAGACCACCACCAUUGACGAGGCAGCUGGAGCGAUUUCCCAUCCCUCUGGGCUCUGGCCGUAAAGGAGGACUCGUCCAUCCCGUCAAGCUUUUUCAAGAGUUGGAACAACGAAGCUCGAUGUCAACCACAGAUACCUUUGGAACUCCCUGCCCUACCACACAGAGUACGACUCACCUGACUGAUACAGAGAUGUCGGUGAUGAAACUACCCGCGGAAUGCAAGACUCCCCCUGGACGACCCCAGCGAGAGCUGCUCAAGCUUGUGGAAUGCAAGACGCACAAUUCGCUACAGCGCCGUCGGCUGCCAAUCACGAGAAUUCUACCCAUAAACCGUGACGAGGCAGGAACACCACAGACGACGAAAACGGAGAAGCAGGAAGGAUUGGAAAGAAUGGGGACACUGACAAGACCAAAGACUCCUGUGGCUGAGAUACGGGACUGGUUCGAUCGAGCGGCUAGCGCUGCCAACAAGGACAAGGUCUCAUCCAAGCCUUACACGCCCUCCACCAAUCCUUUCACCACCCCUAGAGCAACAUCGACGCCAGCGACUUCGCCAACACAGUCUACCAAGAAGUCACGGAGUCUUGCAACGUCCUCUCGACCACAGGGUGCGGCUCCUUGCAUAAAUGUACCAUCACACGCACACAGGAGAACACCCAGUUCAGUGAUCCUCCCGUCCCCAGAGAAGCUCAAUACGUUGCGACACGCUCGGCCGAGCAAACGACCGUGCCAGGCAGCCAAAGGGUCUCCGGCUAAGAUUUUCAAGCGGCGUUCAAUUUCUGGGCGUGCCAAACUCGCGUCUUGGUCCCAGCUUCGACCCAACAAACGAAUCUCGCGGCGUUACUCUUCUUCUUCACUAUCAACGAUCUUCAAGCCGAUCCUCACACCUAGAAGCAAGCACAGUCUGUGUACAUCAAGCAUAUACAGCCGUGACAUGAGAGGGCUGAGUCCUACAGGAGGGCCAGAUCGCCAAGGAGGAGACGCCGAGAGCAACGACCGAGUUGAAUUGCCAUCAGGGAAGGGAGCCGACUUGGCUCGCAAUAUAUCUGCCUCAAUUGACCAUGUGAAGUCCAAGAUUGACAAUUGGGACCUACACACCGGCCAUCUGGAUGCGUCUGUCAUGCCCCAGUGCGUGAUCAAGCGUUCGAUUUCGGAUUCUGGACUUCGUCGUUCGACCUUGCGAAACUGCGAAGAUCGUCCUGCUAGCAGGCAGGAAACUGGCGAGUUCAGCCAUCAAGGUCCGGGCAAAUCUAUUCCCCUUAUUCAGAUUGGCCGACCCAGUGACGACGUUUUCGGCAUCGAAGCAGAUGGCUUCCAGGCCCACGAAGCCGGCAAAUUGAUGAAGAGAAUCGGGAAUUUUGAGGCAGCACCAAUCAUUCUUGGUGGCUUAGGUCACGGCACAGCGCCAGGUGGCGGAGACUGGAUUUGA